AUGUCUUCAACAAUUUCAUCGACAGGUUUUGACAUUUCUGCUUGCGAUACGAGCAACACCGAUAUCUCUGGUAGUUAUUCUUCAACUUGUAACUUAACGACGAAUACUUGGAACACUACGAUGUUGCCAGAACCUUCCUACUAUCCAAUUUACUACCGAGUAAUUGGCACUACAUUUCAAGGUUUAAUCUUCCUGAUUGGCGUGCUUGGUAACAUUAUGGUUGUAAUAGUUGUAACCAAUACCCGUAGUAUGCUGACCCCUACCAACUGUUAUCUUGUCAGUUUGUCUAUAGCUGACCUAAUGGUCCUCAUAGCUUCUGUACCCAACGAGGUCUUGUCUUACUUUCUUCUAGGAGAUGAGUGGAUCUGGGGUCGAGCUGGUUGUAUUAUUUUCAUCUUUCUUCAAUAUUUAGGGAUCAAUGCUUCGUCGUUGUCCAUCACAGCUUUCACAAUAGAACGGUACAUCGCCAUCUGCCAUCCCAUGAAGGCCCAGAUGGUUUGCACCGUCAACAGAGCCAAGAAGAUUAUAAUCGGUGUUUGGGUGUUCGCUUGUCUCUACUGCUCUCCUUGGCUUUUCCUAACAAAAACAGUUCCCAUUUACUACAAAGGCCACGCAGAUGUGGAAACCUGCACCUUUGCUCUUUCAAGAGAACAUUACCUGGGCUAUUUCUUUGCGGAUCUGAUGCUUUUCUAUAUUUUCCCGCUGCUUCUGUCUUGUAUGCUAUAUGGACUAAUAGCAAGGAUCCUCUUCACCAGUGAGAUUCCCAGAAACAUGGUUAAAGGAGGAAACUCUCCAGGAGAUUCCGUAAAAAGCAGCAAUCCAAGCACCAGAGUGCAGGUGGUGAAAAUGCUUGCUGUUGUAGUGGCUCUCUUUGCAACACUGUGGUUACCCUACCGAGCUCUAGUCGUAUACAAUUCCUUCGCUGUCCACCGCUACAUGGAGCCCUGGUUCCUGAUGUUCUGUAAAACCAUGAUUUUCAUUAAUAGUGCUAUCAACCCUAUCCUAUACAACGCUAUGUCUAUCAAGUUUCGACGAGCCUUCAAGAGGACCUUAUCUUGUUGUCAGAGGCAGCAGUGUCGUCGUGGGCCGUACUUUAGUGAUGUAGUGUCUAGUCGAUUCCUUCCAAGUACCUUAAACAUGGCCGAAGCGUCUUGCAGAAUGGAAAAGCAACAACAAGUUUAA